AUGUCUGCUUGUGCAGUACACAUAUAUCAAACGGUGCUGACAUUUAGGACACUGUCACUACUCAGCACUUCGAGAUCCUACACAUCAGUAAUACCUCGUCAAGCUAUCCUAGGAGUGCAACAAUGCCUGAGCGAGGCGACUAUCUACUCGCAUUCUUUAGCUUUAGCUUUAUUGUCCGACUUCACUCACGUUCAUGCAACUGACUCAGCUGCAUUGCAUCUUGUAAAGGUACCUAACCUAGGUACCUACGGUAUCCAUCUAUCUAUCUACUUCAUCCGCAUGGAUUCGAUCGAACUGUCUUCUCGGGGCGAGACACAGAGACAGACGCAGACGCAGACGCAGACGCAGCCGGAGAAUUCACAAUCACAGGAACAAGCGCAGGAGCAAAGACAGCCAACACCCCCAAAACAACAACAUGGACGACAUUGA